CGCAGCCUAGCAGGCGCUUCGGAAUAAAGCGUUGGCAAGUGUGCUUACUAACCAACGAGAUUACAACGGGGGAGUACGUUUUAUCGUGUGUCGCCAUUCAGUACGUGGUGCACGUUAUUGCAUACGUAUUAAACAUGGAGGCUAUGGCGUCGUCUGAUUCGGACAUCAAUGUUACCUCUACCUCAACGGCAGAUGAGAAUGUUGAGCAAACUGGUGAGGAUAUCAAAAAAUUAGCAGAUUCAAAAAAGGAAAUUGCUAAUCAAUAUUAUUCUCUGAAGCAAUAUAAGAAGGCACUGGUUAUGUAUAAUGAAGCCCUUUCGUUGUGUCCUGAUGUGCCACGCUAUUAUGGAAAUAGAGCUGCUUGUUACAUGAUGCUCAAACAAUAUAGAGAUGCAUUGGCAGAUGCUAAAAAAUGUAUUCAAUUAGAACCGAAAUUUACCAAGGGAUACAUAAGGGUGAUCAAGUGUUGCUUGGUUUUGGGUGACAUUGUGGAAGCUGAAACAAUGUUGCAAAAACUGCUAGAAUUUGAUCCUGAUAACAAAGCGAUAACAGGAGAACAAAAAGAUUUAGCAUAUGUAAAAAAAUAUUUUGAAGAUGCUAAUACUGCAUAUAACGCCAAGGAUUAUCGUAAGGUUAUAUAUUGCAUGGAUCGUUGUUGUGAUGUAAGCACUUCUUGCACACAUUUUAAACUAACCAAAGCUGAAUGUCUAGCAUUCUUAGGCAGAUACCAAGAAGCUCAAGAAAUUGCAAACGAUACCUUGCAUAUUGAUAAGAAUAAUGCUGAUGCGAUAUAUAUUCGUGGAAUGUGUUUAUACUUUCAAGAUGAUGUUGACAAGGCUUUUGUCCAUUUUCAACAAGUAUUACGACUUGCGCCAGAUCAUGACAAAGCAUUAGAAAUAUAUAAACGAGCAAGAUGUCUGAGAAAAAAAAAGGAAGAAGGCAAUGCAGCAUUUAAAAUGAGACAGUAUCAAGAAGCAUAUAAUAUUUAUAAUGAAGCCUUAUCUAUUGAUCCACAGAAUAUUAUGACUAAUGCUAAAUUGCAUUUCAACAAGGCAACUGUAGCUGCUAAGUUAGGACGACUAAAGGAAUCAGUGACGGAAUGUACUGAAGCUUUGAAACUUGAUGAAAACUAUUUAAAAGCUCUUCUCAGACGAGCAGCAUCUUACAUGGAACUCAAAGAAUAUGAAGAAGCAGUUCGGGAUCUUGAACAAGCGUGUAAAAUGGAUAAGACUCGUGAAAACAAGCGAUUACUCGCAGAAGCGAAAUUAGCGUUGAAAAAAUCUAAGAGGAAAGAUUAUUACAAGAUUUUAGGUAUCGAUAAGAAUGCAUCUACUGAUGACAUCAAAAAAGCAUAUAGAAAACGUGCCAUGGUUCAUCAUCCAGAUCGUCAUGCUAAUGCGACCGAAGGAGAAAAGAAAGAACAGGAGAAGAAAUUUAAGGAAGUCGGAGAAGCUUAUGGCAUUCUUUCGGAUCCUAAGAAACGAUCUCGCUAUGAUCGUGGUCAUGAUAUAGAUGAUAAUGAAGGUUUCCAAGACAUAGAUCCCAAUGCCAUGUUCCACACUUUCUUCCAACAAGGAAAUUUCCAGUUUCAAGGAGAUGGUUUUCCAGAUGGUUUCUCUUUUCAGUUUGGUUAAAGACAUUUCCAAAGAGGUUCAUAAGACGUCGGUGUACCUAGCUAUGUACAUGAUAUACUGUCCUAUUUUGUAAAGAAUGCAUCGAAUUUUGUUGAGUUUUUAUAUUUACAAUGUUUGCAAAGUAAUGUCGUCAUACGUUUAUGUCUCAUAAGUUGGAUUAUGAAACGGAGACAUACAUUGCAGCAGCUUUAAUGGAUAUUUAUUUAAGCAUGACACAUCAUAUAAUUGUAAAUAGGAAACUUAGAAUUCCAUUGAAUUAUGAUAUACGAUAAAUUUAUUUAAUGGGUUAAGAUAAAACAUUGGGGCCCUAAUGCCAAUGCGUAAGUGCAAUUUGCAGACCCAAAACACAUUCGUACUUGAUGAAACUUUUAUGAAUAUACAAAAAAGAGUAAGGACAUUCCAAUCUGUUGAAAAAAUUUCGAUGUUCUUCUCAAUAAAUCUCUAUUUUAGAUUUGCACAGAUAACAUAUAAGAUUAGAUGUUGGACAACUUGUAAUCAUGUACGUUUCAAAAGCAUGAGAUGAGAAUCUUGGCUUUUAGUUACCUCGGUAUGUUCGCCAGAAUUGCUAAUAUUUAGAAGUUCACAAAAUCGAAGAUUUAUCUUGAUUUCCUUACUGCAAUGCAGUAUACUUCGUGUAUUGUUCGUACGAUAACGUUUGUAUUCUCUCAAACGUAAUACCUAUAAAUACUGAGUUCUUCAGUUUUAGACCUAUUUCCAUAUAUCUCAGUAAGAGAGACCCUCGUGCGUUAUAAUAAAAUAAUUGAUUGAAACUAUAUGUGAAUUAUAGCGAUCCUUAAACGUUUGUCUUGCGAUGAAACUCGCUUGACGCGUUUUCUUGAAUUACUCAUAAUGAUUCUAAGAAUAUAUUAUUCUCGUAGAUUUUAGAAUCCGCAAUAUAUGUACUCAUUCCACGUAUCUUUCUACAAAUAUAUAAAUCCGAAUACAA